UUGUCGCUUGUAUAGUAUCAACUAUAAACUUCGAGGCCAUGAGGAUAAGAUUUCAGCAGUUAUUUGCAUUGUUCCAUUCUAUUUCUUUCAACGAUCCGUGCCAGUAUUUAAAGCAUUAAGUGCAUGUUUGGACGCAUACUUUUAAACUCAGUAGGAUCUUUUUUCAAGAAAUCGUCAACAGGUACUUUCAAUGAAUUUGGUAGGUAUUUUCUUAACUUACUUCCUGUUAAGAUAAGUUGAACUUGAAAUAACCGGACUGAUGGAGUUUAAAUAAAGGAUCGCUUAAGAUUCCAAAUCGACGACAAUAAAGACAAAGGAAUUCCAACAUGUCUCUUUCGAAACCAAUGCUGGUUGCGGCCAUAGAUUUCGGUACGACGUACUCGAGUUGGGCGUUCUCUUUACUUCAUGAAUACGAAAAUGAUCCAACACAGAUAUCAGCAAAACAGUGGCAGGGACAUGAAUCGACGAAAGGACCAACAACGGUUUUGAUAAAGCCCGAUGGAAGAACCUUAGAGGCAUUUGGCUUUGAGGCGGAGACAAGAUACGCAGAACUGAUAGAUGAAGAGGAGCAUGAUUCGUACUACUUCUUUAAAAGAUUUAAAAUGAAAUUGUGGAACCAGAAAAUCGAACGGGAUAUGCUUAUUGAGGACGAAAACAGUCGUCAUCUAUCUGCAAAAACUGUGUUUGCACUAGCAAUCAAAUGGCUCAAGGACGACCUUUGGCGGGUUUCAAACGACAGAAUUUCUGGCACAAUACGAGAGAAUGAGAUACACUGGGUGUUGACUGUGCCAGCUAUCUGGGAUAAUGCUGCCAAACAGUUUAUGAGAGAAGCCGCUACACUGGCUGGUAUCGAAGAAAAAAAGCUCACUGUUGCUCUUGAACCAGAGGCAGCGUCAUUGUUUUGUCGCCAUCUACCAAUCGAACGAAGCGGAAAUGAAACGUCGCUCGGCAAAAUGAAAGCUGGACAGAGAUAUCUGGUUUUGGACGCGGGAGGUGGGACAAUAGACAUCACCGUCCAUGAAGUAAUGCAGUCGAUGGACGUUAAGGAACUGUUUAAGGCGAGCGGUGGUGCGUGGGGUGGAACUAAGGUCGACGAAGACUUCAAAGGUUUCAUUAAUGACAUUGCAGGCUUCGACGCAAUCGCCGAUUUAAAGCAAAAACACCUGGACGAUUUCAUUGACUUGUUUCGCCGAUUCGAAAACAAGAAGCGGUCCAUUUCCCCAGACAAAGACAGCAAAACGGUUAUACCCCUGCCUCUGUCCCUUUGUUCCUUAAUAGAGAAACGACAGGGACGAGCCUUGUGUGACCUCAUCACGGACACAGUUUACGCCUCUUCGGUGUCAAUGACAAACGAGAAAGUCAAGAUCGACGCUAGCGUUGCUAGACAGUUUUUCGAUUCAUCUGUUUCAAGCACUAUUGAGCACUUGAAGAACAUUCUAAGCUUGCCAGUAAACAUGGGUGUAGAAGCUAUUUUGAUGGUAGGUGGAUUUUCAGAAUCGCCUAUGCUUCAACACGCCAUUGGCAAAGAGUUCGGAGCUCUGAAAAGAAUUGUACCACGGGAAACAAGCCUUGCAGUACUAAAAGGGGCUGUAAUAUUUGGACACAACCCCAACGCGAUCACAGAACGUAUAAGCAAAUUGACAUACGGUGUUAGUAUGGUUCAAACAUUUGAUGCAGCAAUACACGUUAGUUCUAAAAAGAAGUGUUUUGAUGGAGUGGACAAAUGUGUUGAUUUGUUUGAUAGGCAUGUGAAAAUUGGACAGAAACUAAAGGUUGGUGAGGCACAGUAUAAAGAGAGGUAUCAUGCAGUAGAAUUAAAUCAAAAAGCUAUGUACUUUCCGAUUUUUACAACAUAUGAAACGAAUCCCAUGUAUACGACAAAUCCAGGGUGUAAACAGAUCGGAAACUUGGAAAUUCCACUAUCCGGCAGCGGAAAAGACAGAUGGGUCACUGUGAGAUUCAUCUUCGGAGGAACGGAAAUUGACGUUGAGGCAACAGAAGAUUCAACUGGAAAGGUUCAACACUUGAAGAUCGACUUCCUGGUGUAAACUGAACAUUGCAAGAAUGCAUUAACAAAGCUCCAACAGUGAUGCACACUUUUAAAAACAAUGAAUUAAAAUGAAACAUUUCUUUAUUUUCAAUAUAGCAAUGUUGCACAGUUUUGUUGUAUUUAAUUUCAAUUUUAGCAUUAGUAUGUUCCACAUGUGUUUGAAUGAUUUUUCUUAGUAAUAAAUUGUUUUCAUAUUGAAAUAAGAAGGCUACAUGUAUUUUGAUUAUCGCAAUUGAAACUUCAAAUAUAAAUUUAAAGAUUAUUAUGAACAUUUAAAUAUAAAAAAAAAUCCAUCUAAGAUAUUCUUAUAUUAAGUUUUAAUUGCUGUGUCAGUUUUGAAGAUAUAGUUUUCUUAUUUACUUUUCAAAAUGUAGUCCUGUGUUUUAAUGGAUUUAUUCCAUAAAGAGAUUUACCAUUUAAGCAUUGCCUGAUUCAUCACAUUUAAUCCAAUUCAGAAAUUCUAUCAAAUUUGGAUGGAGAGAAACAAGGUGUAUCAGCAAGAAAUAUUGGCUGAACAGUUUAUGGGGUUUAUUUGUAUUUUGUUGAGUAUGUUAUUUCAUAUUGCUUUAAAAAGUAUUGUUUAUCAAUAACUGAUUUAAUAUUUACAUUCGCCAUAGUUUUCUGUGCAAACUAAGUUUUGUUAAUUAGUCCCUGAUCUUCCCUCGACAAAUUACAUACAUUGUAAUGUUGACCAUAAAUCUAAACUAUUUUUUUUAUCUAGAAACAUGCAAAUAUGAAAUAUACGUUUUUUGGGGUUAUUAUAUGGUUGACAGUAUAUAUUCUGUUUCAGUAUGGUGUUUGGAUCAACUAUCUAAAUGUAAAACAUACUAAGUAUUAAACAAUUUUAAUAUAUAAAAUGUUAACUAAUCAAUGUUUGUUUAGAGUGUAUAGUGUUUGCCUAAAAAAUGUAUAUGAUAUACGUGAUCAUGCUCUUUUUGUCACGUGUUUGGGACAUGAGUUUAGAUAAAUAGACUUGUAAAUGUG